AUGUUGACGACUCCAACAAUUUAUCGUAAAAAUAGUCAUUCAGCAUCAAAUUCAAUUUCUUCUUCAACGUCAACACUCAAUAAAACAUCAUCUUCUAAAGUCAAAUUUCCAUUACCAAAUGCUACAAAACCUCGUUAUCGUGUCAUUCAAUCGAAACAUAUUCACGAUUUACCUGAUGAUAUUUUACUUUCAAUAUUUCGUUAUAUAUCACCCAUUGAUUUAUUAAAUAUUUCCAUUGUUUGUCGUCGAUGGCAUGCUGUAUCACAAGAUGAAAGUUUAUGGUGUAGAUUAGUUCAUUCAUUUGGUUUACAUCAGAAAACAUCAACUAUUAAAACAAAUUCAAGUAAAGAAAUUAUUUUACGCUAUUUACACGAUCAUAUUGAUCGUGAAUUAAAUAAAUUAUUUGAUGUUAAACUUGAUCCGUUGAGUUCAUAUACGGGCAUUCCCGAUUUAAAACGAACACUAGAAAAAUCAUUAAUGUAUUUUAUUAUUGCAUUACUAGAUGAAAAAAAAAAUUUAUUAUUCUCCUAUCGAAAUGAUGAUGUUAAAUAUUUUGAAACAUGUGCAACUAUUCGAUGGUAUAACAGUUCAGAAUGGUUAACUAAUCUUUCAAUUGUAAAAUAUAUACGAUUAUAUGCUGUGGCAGAAGUCAAUAUGGAUACACGUCCUCAUCGUUUACGACGACAAGCACCAUCAACAGUAGCUAAUAAAGAUCAAACAUAUUUGGCUAAAAUAACUCAACAACCCUAUAGACACGUGCAAAAGGUACGUUCAUUACUUGAUGAAUAUGAAUUUAAAUGGUCAUCAAUAAUUAAAAAUACUAAAACAAAUGAGAAUAGUCAAUCAUUGAUAAGAGUCAAUACAUUUGAGUCAGAUGUACUAAUAGGCAUCUAUAAUCAAGAUCAAACAUUUUGUUUUCUUGCAUGGAAUUUUGUUUAUUUAAAAUUUCAUAAACAAUUUUUUAAUGGUUUAAACAAAACACAAUUAUCAUCUUCAGUAACUUUAUCUCAAUUUUUUACAUCAAUUGCAUUUGAUCAAGCAGAAGUAUCAGUUUUUAUUUGUUUUCGUAAUAUGAGAACAAUAUUUUUUCGACAUCGUUUUCGAAAUUCAAAAUUACAUAGUAGUACAAAAUCAAUUGAAAUUAUAUCAGUACAAAUGACACAUGAUAUUGGACCACAAAUAGAAAUUCUACCAAAAUUCAAUUGGAAAACAAUGUUAUUUAAUGGAACGUUAGAUGAUAUGUUUAUUUUAGAUAUUGUUAUUUUAAAUGAUUUAAAAAAUGUAGCAUAUGUAGCAACAAUACCGGCAAAAAUUCAACAAAAUUUAAGUCAAGAAUUUAUAUUAUCGUCAAAUGCAUGGACUAUAAAUGCUCAAACAGAACAAAUUAAAAUUGAGGGUAAUAUAAUAAAAUUAUCUGAUGAAUAUGCAGCAUUAGGAAAUGAAAAUGAACAUAGUUUACAUUUACAAAAUUUAUGGUGUCAUUUUUGA